AUGUCCCGAACGUGGGCGCCCCGCCCGGGUCUCAGGGCCUCGUCAAGGGGGCCAUACCCCUCCAAGGUCGGGGAGGGGGGAAGGGGGAAUAGGGACGUCUGCCGGAGGGACAGCGGGCCACUGCUGCCCCUGCCCGGCCCGCCAGGCCUCUCCACCCCUCGCGCCCUCCGGGCCGCACCGCGCCUCUGGCACCCCAUUGUUCAGUCACAGGGGGGCGACGCCUCUGGCCGCAAGCAGCUGAAGGAAGAGCAAAACAGCUCCCCGCCCUCCUCGAAGCCCGUCGAUGCGCGCGCCCAGCCAUCGCCAACCGAGACCCGCGGGAGCUACGAGCGGCUGAAGCCUGCGGGAGGCGCCGCAGGCCGAGGCGCUGAGAAGGAGCAGGAGGUGGCAAGGGCCGAGCCGAACCGAUCCGUCCCGGCGCGGUGGCUCGGGAGGCGCGCGUCACUGCCGAGCCCCCGGUCGAGGCGGGCGCUUACCUGGGCGGCGAGCAGGAGGCAGGGCGGGCAGGCCGCGAGAGCGAGAAUCGGAGCGGAGAGGCGAGGAGGCCGAGGGUGCUCCUUAAACCAUCCGCUCUUCUCCCAUUCUCGGCUCUGCAAGGCGGUCCGCCGCCCAGCAGCUUUUAUCGGCGGCUGGGGCCGCCCCCGGCGUCCUGAUUGGCUCCCAGUGGCCGGAGCCCGGGCAGAUCAGCUGAUGCGCGUCCCGGCCCCGCGACCAUUGGGCGAGCUGCCGAGCGGGCGCCGCCGGGGUGGGGGCGAGCAGACCCGGGAAAGAAAGAAAAGGAAAGGGCCGUGGGGGAGGGGUGUGGGGGAGGGGAGCGAGGAAGGGCGGGCGGAGGGCCGAGUGCCUGCCGGGAAGGACCCCGAGGGCCCGGCUGCCGCGCGGCGCCGCGCUCGCACCCCCCCGCCCGCCGAGCCUGGGCGUUGCCUGCAGCCCCUUGCUGCCUUCAGGGAUCCUCCUGGCGGGCAGAGACAUAAAGUCGGGAGAUCUGAUUCUGUCUCUGCCACACCUGAGGCGACUCUGUCUCUCUGGGCCCAAGUUCCUACAUCGGCCAAUAAAGCGGCUCAAGAAAGGACUUUUAGAGCUGCCUAUCAGAUUUGAAAUUUUGUGUGCAGUUUUCCAAGGGCAGCUGAAAGGCAAGUGAGGUCUUGGCAUCUCCCCUUUGAAGCCCAGGGUAUGUCAAAAAUUUAGAAUUCCUUAAA